GACAAAUGUGACCCUCUACUUUAAUGAUACCUCUCCAUCAACCAAAUGAAAACUUUAUUUCAACGUUGGGAACAAUGCGGGUCACGAGCUUUUGGCCUUCCACGUUAUUCCAAGCUUGUUUAGAGUUCUCUUUUCCAGAGCACAGUGGUCCUGCACUGUUGAAGUGUGGUAACAACCAUAUUUAUAUCUCCAAGAUUCCAGCUGGUUUGCUCGUGGAGGUUCCGUUCUUCAUUCUGCCAUUAAAAAGACCCCACUCCAAGCAAUUAUGGACGACUUUUGCUUGCAUCAGACCUUUGCUGAAGGAUAAUAAAGUGAGUGCUCAAAAGCUAGAUAUGCAUGAGAAAGUGAGUGGAAUCUGUAUGUGGCUCUAGGUUUUGAUGUUGCCAGAGUAUAUUAACCUCUAUGUGGUUUUGAUGUUGUGAGAGUAUAUUAACUCUGUCGAAGAUAUUUAGUCCUAAAUUAUGGUUUAAUAUAUUUUAUAUUUGACCUUUUA